AGAGAGCUGUCAGUGAACACCUCCCCUGGACGUGCGUGUGUGUGUGCGUGUGCGUGAGUGUGUGCGUGUUUACCGAUAGAGCUCACAAUCAGUCAGCUGAAAUCACCAGCACUGCGUCUGCCACCGUACUCCAGCUAAACUGACAUUAAUAAGGUGUCUUUUGAGGCGGUUUUUAGACCUUUUUGACUAGCGUGCCGGUAACAAUGUCCAAAGAGGGGGACAGACAAUCAGUUUUUCGGACCACAAAGGUUCGCACCGCUCUGAAAGGAGACAGCAGCUGGAUACAGAGACAGCAAGAAAAUCUCGAGAAAGAUGAGGAGGAGAAACCGUGGGUCGCCGAAGUGCGAGCAAACCGUUCAAAUGGUGUGUUUGAAGAAACGAGUCCAGUUUCCUCGCCCACAGCCAAUGUGCCUCAACCCAGAUCCGACUCGGAAAAACCAAAAACAUCUGGAUCUGGAUACAUAAUCAGAGGGGUAUUCAAGAAAACCGAUUCCAAUACGGCAUCAAAUUCAUCCACCAAUGGGUUUGCUGGAAUAAAUAGCUUCAACAAAAAACCAUCUGAGACCUACAAGAAAAUAGCCCCCCACACAAUUCGGCCCAGCAAUGAAAAGACUGCGCAGUCAGAACCGACGCUGAGUCCAGAGGAAAUGGAAAAGAGGACAGAAGCAGCCAGCAGUUUGCUGAAGGGAUCGGCAGCCAAUCGUCGUUCAUACGUAAUGUCAGCUGCAAAGAAAUAUGAAUCUUCAGAGAAGCCUGACAGCUCUGCUGAUAUGGGCAUUUCCUUCGUUGCAAAAAGGGUAGAUAUCAGCGAUGAUGAUGACGCUACAGCAUUUGCCAAGUCUGUGCCUGUGCAAAGUGUAAAAUCAAACUCUGAGCCAGCGGUGAAGGAGGUCAAGCCAGCGGCACCUGAAAUUAAAUCUGAACCUAAGCCAGUGACUGAAACUAAACCUGCGACGCAAACUAAAACAACAACUGAAGCCACAGCCACAUCAGAAUCUAAACCAGUGCUAGAAAAUACAACACAACCCAAAACAGCAUCUGAGCCUAAACCAGCAACUGAAACCAAGCCUACAGCGCAAACUAAAACAGUAACUGAACCAAAACCUACAACACAAACUACAACAGCAACUGAUCCUAAACCCACACCAUCACCGGCUGAAACGAAACCUGCAACAAAAACUGAGCCUAAACCAGUAAUUGAAACUAAAACACUAACUGAGCCUAAAACUACAACAGUAGCCGAGCCUAAACCCACAUCAGAACCUAAACCAGUUGAAACUAAAACAAAAGCAACUGAAUCUAAACCCACAUCAGAACUUAAACUGGCUGAAACUAAAACAACAGCAACUGAACUUAAACCCACAUCAGAAACUAAACCAGCUGAAACUAAAACACCAGCAACUGAACCUAAACCAGCUGAAACUAAACCUACAACAAAAAUUGAACCUAAACCAGCAAUUGAAACUAAAACAGAAACUAAAAUUACAACACAAACUACGACAGCUACUGAAUCUAAGUUAGUGGAUGAAUCUAAACCUGCCACAAAAACUGCAACAGCAACUGAUUCUAAACCCAUAUCAGAACCUAAACCAGCUGAAACUAAACCUACAUCAACUGAACCUAAACCAACAAUUGAAACUAAAACAGUAUCUGAAACUAAAACAGAAACUAAAACUACAACACAAACUACAACAGCAACUGAUCCUAAACCCACACCUAAACCAACUGACACUAAACCUACAGCAAGUGAACCUAAACCAGUAGUUGAAACUAAAAUCCUAACUGAGACUAAAACAGAAACUAAACCUACAGCACAAACUACAACAGCAAUUGAUUCUAAAACCACAUCAGACCCUAAACCAACUGAAAGUAAACCUAAAACAACAGAACCUCAACCAGCAGUUGAAACUAAAACAGUAACUGAGACUAAAACAGAAAUUAAACCUACAGUACAGACUACAACAGCAACUGAAUCUAAGCUAGGGGUGGAAACUAAAUCUACAACGAAGACUACGAUAGCAAGUGAUCCUAAACCCACAUUAGAGCCUAAAGCAGUUGAACCUAAACCUACAACAACAGCUGAACCUAAACCAGCAGCUGAAACUAAACCAGCAACACAAACUACAACAGCAACCAAUCCUAAACCAGCAGCAGAAACUAAACUAGCAGCUGAAACUAAACCUGCAACACAAACUACAACGGCAACCAAUCCUAAACCAGCAGCAGAAACUAAACCAGCAGCUGAAACUAAACCAGCAGAAGAAACUAAACUAGCAGCUGAAACUAAACCAGCAGCAGAAACUAAACUAGCAGCUGAAACUAAACCUGCAACACAAACUACAACGGCAAUCAAUCCUAAACCAGCAGCAGAAACUAAACCAGCAGCAAAACUAAACCAGCAGCUGAAACUAAACCAGCAGAAGAAACUAAACUAGCAGCUGAACUAAACUAAACCAGCAGAAACUAAACUAGCAGCUGAAACUAAACCUGCAACACAAACUACAACGGCAAUCAAUCCUAAACCAGCAGCUGAAACUAAACCAGCAGCUGAAACUAAACCAGCAGCUGAAACUAAACCUGCAACACAAACUACAACGGCAACCAGUCCUAAACCAGCAGCUGAAACUAAACCACCAGCUGAAACUAAACCUGCAACACAAACUACAACGGCAACCAGUCCUAAACCCGCAGCAGGAACUAAACCAGUGACUGAAACUAAGACAGAACCUGAAGCUAAAUCUGCAACUCUCAAACCAUCACCUGUAACCAAGCCUGAACCAGUUCCAGAGAAAAGCCUGUCUGACACCCUGAUAUCCUUCAGCACAGAGCCUGCCAGUUCUCUGCCUCAGACAAACAAGACAAAUAAAACCCUGGACCUGCUUACAGAUGAUCUUAUUCCCUUCAACACUACUACCACCAGAACCAGCACUGACUACACCUACACCCGGAAAAGCCUAAUUGAAGAUUUCAAGAGCUCAGAUUAUGAUUUUGAUCCAAUACCAAUAUCGAGUGAGCCCACAAAGAGUCCUCAAUGGUACGGUCCUCCUAAACCGGACUCAAGUUCCACAGAUACAUUGAAUCACUUUCAACAUCCAGUGGAUUUGGCUGCCGAUAUGCCAACAAACGUUUUGGUUUCCUUGGCUGAAGACGUCGUUCCAAUUAAUACUAAGAGUGACUUGAAGACAGACAUGGACAGUUACAGAACCAGCACCAAAACAGUGGAGAGCUCCGUCCAGGAGAACAUACCAGAAUCUGAUUCCAAGAAGAACUUUGUCUAUGUCAAGGAGUAUGUGAAUAACUCUUCUCAUGACGGCAGCAACUCUGACUAUGUGUCAUCAACGACCUCCAACUACAACUACAGCAGCCCCGGCUACUACUCCAGAAGGGAUAUGACUCCCUGCACAUACUGUGGAGAAAUGGUGGGAAAUGAUGCCAAAAUCACCAUUGAGCACCUGAACAUAUCCUGUCACCCAUCCUGCUUUAAGUGUGGUAUUUGCAGUAAACCAAUGGGAGAUUUACUCUACAACAUGUUUCUCCAUCGUGGGACGGUUCAUUGUGAGAGCUGCUAUUCCAAUGUGCUGUAAGGAGAUCUGCUUGCACUGCCUGAAACGUCCCUCCGUGGAAUAGCUAACCUGCUUAUCUGAACAGGAAUUAGACUCGUUGCCGACACAAAACACGUUCCUCUUUAUUUUUCGCAUUUUGCGAUGCCGCCUAACUUUCUGAAUAUCAUAAAAAGCUUUUCUUCCGCUUUGGAUGCUUGUUGCAGAAUAUUUUUUUCUCAGUUUCUGUCCCUUUAAAUGUUUUGUCAAGACAGUGAGAAUGUGUAUCUUUCUUGUAUUUAAUCUUCAGAAGCCAAGACGUUAUAUUACUGUUUUAGUAGCAAAGUUAUAAUUCGUAUCCUGCAUCGAUAUUUGCAAUAAAAGCAAAAUUUUCAAUCCAA